AUGGCGUCGGGCUUGGGCUCCCCGUCCCCCUGCUCGGCGGGCAGCGAGGAGGAAGAUAUGGAUGCACUUUUGAACAACAGCCUGCCCCCACCCCACCCAGAAAAUGAAGAGGACCCAGAAGAGGAUUUGUCAGAAGCAGAGACUCCAAAGCUCAAGAAGAAGAAAAAGCCUAAGAAACCUCGGGACCCUAAAAUCCCUAAGAGCAAGCGCCAAAAAAAAGAGCUGGGGGACAGCUCUGGGGAGGGGCCGGAGUUUGUGGAGGAGGAGGAAGAGGUGGCUCUGCGCUCAGACAGUGAGGGCAGCGACUAUACCCCUGGCAAGAAGAAGAAGAAGAAGCUUGGACCUAAGAAAGAAAAGAAGAGCAAGUCCAAGCGGAAGGAAGAGGAGGAGGAGGAUGACGAUGAUGAUGAUUCAAAGGAGCCUAAAUCAUCCGCUCAGCUCCUGGAAGACUGGGGCAUGGAAGACAUUGACCAUGUGUUCUCAGAGGAGGAUUAUCGUACCCUCACCAACUACAAGGCCUUCAGCCAGUUUGUCCGACCUCUCAUUGCUGCCAAAAACCCCAAGAUUGCUGUCUCCAAGAUGAUGAUGGUUUUGGGUGCAAAGUGGCGUGAGUUCAGCACCAACAAUCCCUUCAAAGGCAGUUCUGGGGCUUCAGUGGCGGCGGCGGCAGCGGCAGCGGUGGCUGUGGUGGAGAGCAUGGUGACGGCCACUGAAGUUGCUCCACCUCCCCCCCCUGUGGAGGUGCCUAUCCGCAAGGCCAAGACCAAGGAGGGCAAAGGUCCCAAUGCUCGGAGGAAGCCCAAGGGUAGCCCUCGUGUACCUGAUGCCAAGAAGCCUAAACCCAAGAAAGUAGCUCCCCUGAAAAUCAAGCUGGGAGGUUUUGGUUCUAAGCGUAAGAGAUCCUCGAGUGAGGAUGAUGACUUAGAUGUGGAGUCUGACUUCGAUGAUGCCAGUAUCAACAGCUAUUCCGUUUCUGAUGGUUCCACCAGCCGCAGUAGCCGUAGCCGCAAGAAACUCCGAACCACUAAAAAGAAAAAGAAAGGCGAGGAGGAGGUGACUGCUGUGGAUGGUUAUGAGACAGACCACCAGGACUAUUGCGAGGUGUGCCAGCAAGGCGGUGAGAUCAUCCUGUGUGAUACCUGUCCCCGAGCUUACCACAUGGUCUGCCUGGAUCCGGAUAUGGAGAAGGCUCCCGAGGGCAAGUGGAGCUGCCCACACUGUGAGAAGGAAGGCAUCCAGUGGGAGGCUAAAGAGGACAAUUCAGAGGGUGAGGAGAUCCUGGAAGAGGUUGGAGGAGACCCUGAAGAGGAGGAUGACCACCAUAUGGAAUUCUGUCGUGUCUGUAAGGAUGGUGGGGAGCUGCUCUGCUGUGACACCUGUCCUUCAUCCUACCACAUCCACUGCCUGAACCCCCCACUUCCAGAGAUCCCUAAUGGUGAAUGGCUCUGUCCCCGUUGUACGUGUCCAGCUCUUAAGGGCAAAGUUCAGAAGAUUCUAAUCUGGAAGUGGGGUCAGCCACCAUCUCCCACACCAGUGCCUCGGCCUCCCGAUGCUGAUCCCAGUACUCCCUCUCCCAAGCCCCUGGAGGGGCGGCCAGAGCGGCAGUUCUUUGUGAAAUGGCAAGGCAUGUCUUACUGGCACUGCUCCUGGGUGUCUGAAUUGCAGUUGGAACUGCACUGUCAGGUGAUGUUCCGAAACUAUCAGCGGAAGAAUGAUAUGGAUGAACCACCUUCGGGAGACUUUGGUGGUGAUGAAGAGAAGAGCCGGAAGCGCAAGAACAAAGACCCUAAAUUUGCAGAGAUGGAGGAACGCUUUUAUCGCUACGGGAUAAAACCUGAGUGGAUGAUGAUCCACCGAAUUCUCAACCACAGUGUGGACAAGAAGGGCCAUGUCCACUACUUGAUCAAGUGGCGGGACUUGCCCUACGAUCAGGCAUCCUGGGAGAGUGAGGACGUGGAGAUACAGGACUACGACCUGUUCAAGCAGAGCUAUUGGAACCACAGGGAGUUAAUGAGGGGUGAGGAAGGACGACCAGGCAAGAAGCUCAAGAAGGUGAAGCUGAGGAAGUUAGAGAGGCCUCCUGAAACUCCUACAGUUGAUCCAACAGUGAAGUACGAGCGACAGCCAGAGUACCUGGACGCUACAGGUGGGACCCUGCACCCCUAUCAAAUGGAGGGCUUGAACUGGUUGCGCUUCUCCUGGGCUCAAGGCACCGACACCAUCUUGGCUGAUGAGAUGGGCCUUGGGAAGACUGUCCAGACAGCAGUCUUCCUCUAUUCUCUCUACAAGGAGGGUCAUUCCAAAGGCCCCUUCCUAGUGAGUGCCCCUCUUUCUACCAUCAUCAACUGGGAGCGGGAGUUUGAAAUGUGGGCUCCAGAUAUGUAUGUGGUGACCUACGUGGGUGACAAAGACAGCCGUGCCAUCAUCCGAGAGAAUGAGUUCUCCUUUGAAGACAACGCCAUUCGUGGUGGCAAGAAAGCCUCUCGUAUGAAGAAAGAGGCAUCUGUGAAAUUCCACGUGCUGCUGACAUCCUAUGAGUUGAUCACCAUUGACAUGGCUAUCUUGGGUUCCAUUGACUGGGCCUGCCUCAUUGUGGAUGAAGCACAUCGGCUCAAGAACAAUCAGUCAAAGUUCUUCCGGGUGUUAAAUGGUUACUCCCUCCAACACAAGCUGUUGCUGACUGGGACUCCGUUACAAAACAAUUUAGAAGAGUUGUUUCAUCUGCUCAACUUUCUCACCCCUGAGAGGUUCCACAAUUUGGAAGGCUUCUUGGAGGAGUUUGCCGACAUUGCCAAGGAAGACCAGAUUAAAAAACUGCAUGACAUGCUGGGCCCUCAUAUGUUGCGGCGGCUCAAAGCUGAUGUGUUCAAGAAUAUGCCAUCCAAGACAGAACUGAUUGUGCGUGUGGAGCUGAGCCCUAUGCAGAAGAAAUACUACAAGUACAUUCUUACUCGAAAUUUUGAAGCACUCAACGCUCGAGGUGGCGGCAACCAGGUCUCCCUGCUAAAUGUGGUGAUGGAUCUGAAGAAGUGCUGCAACCACCCGUACCUCUUCCCCGUGGCUGCGAUGGAAGCCCCUAAAAUGCCUAAUGGCAUGUAUGAUGGCAGUGCCCUGAUCCGAGCGUCUGGGAAGUUGCUGCUGCUGCAGAAGAUGCUCAAGAACCUUAAGGAGGGCGGGCACCGCGUGCUCAUCUUCUCCCAGAUGACCAAGAUGCUGGACCUGCUGGAGGAUUUCUUGGAACAUGAAGGUUAUAAGUACGAACGUAUCGACGGUGGGAUCACCGGGAACAUGCGGCAAGAGGCCAUUGACCGCUUCAAUGCGCCGGGUGCUCAACAGUUCUGCUUCUUGCUUUCCACUCGAGCUGGGGGCCUUGGAAUCAAUCUGGCCACUGCCGACACAGUUAUUAUCUAUGACUCUGACUGGAACCCUCAUAAUGACAUCCAGGCUUUUAGCAGAGCUCACCGUAUUGGGCAAAAUAAGAAGGUGAUGAUCUAUCGGUUUGUGACCCGUGCGUCAGUGGAGGAGCGCAUCACGCAGGUGGCAAAGAAGAAGAUGAUGCUGACGCAUCUAGUGGUUCGGCCUGGGCUGGGCUCCAAGACUGGAUCCAUGUCCAAACAGGAGCUUGAUGACAUCCUCAAGUUUGGCACUGAGGAACUAUUUAAGGAUGAAGCCACAGACGGAGGAGGAGACAACAAAGAGGGAGAAGAUAGCAGUGUUAUCCACUAUGAUGACAAGGCCAUUGAGCGACUUCUGGACCGUAAUCAGGAUGAGACAGAAGACACAGAAUUGCAGGGCAUGAAUGAAUAUUUGAGUUCGUUCAAAGUGGCCCAGUACGUGGUACGGGAAGAAGAGAUGGGGGAGGAAGAGGAGGUAGAACGAGAAAUCAUAAAACAGGAAGAAAGUGUGGAUCCUGACUACUGGGAGAAAUUGCUGCGGCACCAUUAUGAGCAGCAGCAAGAAGAUCUAGCCCGAAAUCUGGGCAAAGGAAAAAGAAUCCGUAAACAGGUCAACUACAAUGAUGGCUCCCAGGAGGACCGAGAUUGGCAGGACGACCAGUCCGACAACCAGUCCGAUUAUUCAGUGGCCUCAGAGGAAGGUGAUGAAGACUUUGAUGAACGAUCAGAAGCUCCCCGCAGGCCCAGUCGUAAGGGCUUGCGGAAUGAUAAAGAUAAGCCAUUGCCUCCUCUGUUGGCUCGUGUUGGUGGGAAUAUUGAAGUACUUGGCUUUAAUGCUCGUCAGCGAAAAGCCUUUCUUAAUGCAAUUAUGCGAUAUGGGAUGCCACCUCAGGAUGCUUUUACCACCCAGUGGCUGGUGAGAGAUCUGCGAGGCAAAUCAGAGAAAGAGUUCAAGGCUUAUGUAUCUCUUUUCAUGCGACAUUUAUGUGAGCCUGGAGCUGAUGGGGCUGAGACCUUUGCUGAUGGUGUCCCCCGAGAAGGCCUGUCUCGCCAGCAUGUCCUUACUAGGAUUGGUGUCAUGUCCUUGAUUCGAAAGAAGGUUCAGGAGUUCGAACAUGUCAACGGGCGUUGGAGCAUGCCUGAACUUGCUGAAGUAGAAGAAAACAAGAAAAUGUCCCAGCCAGGGUCACCUUCCCCAAAGACUCCUACACCGUCCACUCCAGGGGACACACAGCCCAAUACCCCUGCACCUGUCCCACCUGCUGAGGAUGGGAUAAAAAUAGAGGAGAAUAGCCUCAAAGAAGAAGACAGUGCAGAAGGAGAAAAGGAGGUUAAGUCUGCAGCCCCGGAGGCCGCUGUUGAGUGUACACAACCCCCUGCCCCUGCCUCAGAGGAUGAAAAAGUCCUUGUUGAACCUCCCGAGGGAGAGGAGAAAGUGGAAAAGGCAGAGGUGAAGGAGAGAACAGAGGAACCGAUGGAGACAGAGCCCAAAGGUGUUGCUGACGUGGAGAAGUUAGAGGAGAAGUCAGCAGUAGAUCUGACCCCCAUUGUGGUAGAGGACAAAGAAGAGAAGAAAGAAGAAGAAGAGAAAAAGGAGGUGAUGCUUCAGAAUGGAGAGACCCCCAAGGACCUGAGUGAUGAGAAGCAGAAAAAAAAUAUUAAACAGCGUUUCAUGUUCAACAUUGCAGAUGGUGGUUUUACUGAGUUGCACUCCCUUUGGCAGAAUGAGGAGCGGGCAGCCACUGUCACCAAGAAGACUUACGAGAUCUGGCAUCGGCGGCAUGACUACUGGCUGCUGGCUGGCAUCAUAAACCAUGGCUAUGCCCGGUGGCAGGACAUCCAGAAUGACCCACGCUAUGCCAUCCUCAAUGAACCUUUCAAGGGUGAAAUGAAUCGUGGCAAUUUCUUAGAGAUCAAGAAUAAGUUUCUAGCCCGAAGGUUCAAGCUCUUAGAACAAGCCCUGGUGAUUGAGGAACAGCUGCGCCGGGCAGCUUACCUGAACAUGUCAGAGGACCCCUCUCACCCUUCCAUGGCCCUAAACACGCGCUUUGCUGAGGUGGAGUGUUUGGCGGAGAGUCACCAGCACCUGUCUAAGGAGUCAAUGGCAGGAAACAAGCCAGCCAAUGCGGUCCUGCACAAAGUUCUGAAACAGCUAGAAGAACUGCUGAGUGACAUGAAAGCCGAUGUGACUCGACUCCCAGCCACAAUUGCCCGGAUUCCCCCAGUUGCUGUGAGGCUACAGAUGUCAGAGCGUAACAUUCUCAGCCGCCUGGCAAACCGAGCACCUGAACCUACCCCACAGCAGGUAGCCCAGCAGCAGUGA